AUGGCCUCCAGAGACAUGGUCAUGGGGAUCUUCUUCCUGUUCCAGACUGUACUGGGAGUUCUGGGGAACUCAGCCUUGCUUUGUUGUUUCAUUAUUUCUGACUUUACUGGGAUCAAGGCAAAGCCCACAGAUCUGAUUGUCAAACACUUGACCUGUUCCAGCAUCAUGGUUCUUCUCUGUAAAGGCAUCCCUCAGACAAUGAGUGCAUUUGGUCAGACAUAUUUUCUAGAUGACUUUACAUGUAAACUUGUUUUUUAUUUUCAUAGAGUUGCCAGAGGUGUAUCCCUUGGCUCCACAUCCCUGCUGAGUGUCUUUCAGUUCAUCACCAUCAGCCCUGGGAAUUCCAAGUGGGCACAGCUCAAGGUCAGAAUUCCCAGGAUUGUUUGUUCUUCCCUGGGCGUGUGUUGGUCCCUCCAACUAUUGGUAUAUGCCUUCAUUCCUAUAUACACAAAUGACAUAAGGAGCUUAAGAAAUGUUACUGGUGUAAAAGAAUUUGAAUACUGUGCUGUUGUUAAUCCUGGGAGAGUCAUCAACAUUCUUAAUGGAAUGUUAUUGACAUUCAAUGAUGUCAUGUUUUUGGGACUGAUGAUGUGGGCCAGUGGCUCCAUGGUGUUUAUACUGAUCAAACACAAGCAGAGGGUCAAUCAUAUCCACAGGUCCCUGUCACCUAGGUCAUCCCUUGAGACCAGAGCCACCCAAAGCAUCCUCACCCUAGUGAGUACCUUUGUGGUCUUCUAUGUAACCUCUGUUGUCCUGACAUUUUAUCUGUCUGUGAUAGAUGUAACAUUUAGGUGGCUGUCAAAUGCAAAUUUAGCCAUGAGUGCAUGCUUUCCAGCAUUCUCUCCCUUUGUACUCCUCAGACACUACAUCUCUGUUUUCAGGCUCUGCUGUGUCUGUUCUUACCAGACAACACACUGUGCUUGUGUAGUCAGAGAACUCUAA